AUGGCUGGGCGCGCAGGUGUUGCAACUAAGUCGAUACGAGACUACUGUAGCAUCCGAGGCCAUUUCCUCGCAAGCAAACGAGCCAGACUCAACCUUCCUGGUUGCUUUGUUUUCAAUUGUCGCACCCGGUUGCGGCACGCUUGCGGCAAAGUUGCUCACGCAUGCAAGAUAACAGUCAUGGUCUGGAGCACGACUUCCAGCCUGAACAUUGAAAGCGUCUGGACCUUUUGGCCCUGCACUGUAAGCACUGUAAUCAUCACAUGUGCAAUCAUUCAGGUCGAGUCUGGAGUAGUGACUCGCUAG